AUGGGACAGAGGUACGUAUUUAAUUGUUUUCGAUUCUAAGCAAAACGAAGAAUGUAUGAUGUGUUUUUUUUUUUUCGUUUUGUGUUGUUAACGAAUUUUCUUGUCCCAACAAUAAUAUAAUAACCUUGCUGGAUAAAUAAUAAUACUUUAUUCAGAAUCGUUUUUCGUUAAUAAUGGUUCAUCGUUACGUACAGAUUUAAAUUAAAUUACUCUAUACAACUUAUAUCCUCUCUUCCGACUUCCCUCCAAAACCAGAGGCAUACCAAACGGCAGUAUCAGCUUUUUUAAUAUUAUGAUCGGUGAAUGGAAUUUCUUCUUUCUCAUUCAUGAUACAAUUAAUUGACGACUAAAACGUUCAACAUGAGUGUAAUAUAAUCUGUUGCACAUUUUCGUCGUUCUAUUAUUGUAAUAAUAUCCUCUUUGCCUCGUUCCGUAUUAUAGUCUGACGAUCAUCGGUUCGGAACGGUCUGCACGACGGAAGAAACAAAAAGCUGAUGAACUGGGCGACACGCCGACCGUGUCCCUCACGGCGGCCUCCGUGACCGACCUGGACAACGUUACGCAACACCAGAUCGUGUACAAAAAAGUAAACACUAUCAUCAUGAAUCAUAUUACCCUUAUUUAGUAUCUUUGGUACCUACCAGGAAGGAAGGGCUUUAGUCAAUUUUGUUUAGUUUGCAAUACAAGCAAAUUAAAUUUUGAUAAUGGCUAAAUGGCUAAAUUGCUACAUAUAUAUAAUACAUUUGAUAUGCCUUUUUUGUCAAACAAAAAGUACAUCAUAGAGAUGUAUCAAGAUUUUUUUAAGAUAUAUCAAUUUCCUGUACAAGGCGUGUUAGAUGUAUUAUGCAGUUAUAAGUAUACGCAUAGUAUACGUAUAUGUGUUACAAUAUAGACACACUUGAUGCUUUUAGAUCAUAAAGGGGGAAACAACUGUAAAAGAUAAAACUAUAACAGAAUUACAGAUCCGUAACUAUGGUAAGGCGAGCGAGACGCUUGCUUUGGGCGCUUGAUGAUGGGGGACGCAAAAAUAUUAAAUGAUUAACUUAAGAAAAAAUAUUACCAAUAUAAUAUUUUUCAUUACAACACACCGAUCCGUAGAUAUAAUUUUAUGUGUCUACGGAUUCCUUUUAUAUUUUAAAUAUACAAUUUUUCUUUUCAUCGAUUACUCGUUUAUCGAUUAUUAACAUUUGAAAGGGCUCUCACUAUAAUCGGAUUUUAAAUGUUGGCCAUUUAUUAUCAUACUUUAGUAUUAUACAUAAACGUCAUAAACGUAACAAGUAUCAAACAUAAUACACACACGAAAUAUUAUCAAAAUUAAAAGCUGAUGAACUUGAUGUACAAAAUGUAAAAGGAUAGGGGUAUGCUAAUGGAGCUAACGUAUCAGGAAAAUAUCAAGGCGUUCAGGCGGUCAUAUUAAAUAAAAUCCAUUUAUCUACAUUCAUUCCAUGCGCUGCUAACUGCCUUGACUUAAGUGGCGUACAUGCAACAUCAGCUAAUAUUAAGGUACAAUUUUUAUUAGUGUGAUUCAGAAAAUGUAUACUUUUUUGUCAAUUCAACUACUCGAUGGAAAAUUUCAAUGGAAAUAUUAAAUAUUUUAUUGAAAGGUCAUUUAGAUACCAGACGAGCUUCAAAAGCACACGUUUUUAAGUCCUUAAACUCACAAAUAAAAGAUGUAUUUGAAUGAUGAAUUUCGACAAUUCAAUUUUGACUUUUUCAAAUAUUGUAUUCAAUAUUGGGGAUCAAAUUUUAAGUAGUAUAUAUCGUGUUAAUCAAGCUUUACAAAACUAAAGUUUAUCGUCGAAAAAAGUUUUCAAUUUGCUACUCAAACUUAAAAAAUUCUUUACAGGAAAUUCGCGUCACAACUAUGGAAUACAAUUUUACUAAUGCUACAAAAGUUUCAGAAAAGUUAUACAAAUUGACAACUUUAAAGGAACCAAGAACAGAAAAAAAGAAAAAGAUUAGAACUUUAUGAAACCAAUGAUGGUGUGAUAAAUAUUUCUGCAAAACAGAAUUUUUGAAUUGUCAUUAUUGAAUCAAAAGAUAUUCUUCUUUCUCAGACAUAGCGGUAUGAAAAAAUGUUUGGGAAUAUCAAACGAUUUAGAAUUUUUUUUCUUGUCAUUCAUUAACUAAUAUGAAUUCACACGAUUUGUAAAACGCAGCUGCUGAUCUAGGAAUAAAAUAUAACGGAGAUUUAAAUAAUGCGGAAAUAGUCGAAAAAAUUAAAGAUUUUAAACAAGCAGCUUAAUCAAUUUUGCUAAGUAUUUAGUCAGUAACGUUUUUGUAUUUGUUACAAAAGAAUAAGUUUAAAGAAUGGAAAACAACUUUAAAAAAUCUUAUCAAAAUAUUGAAACAGCUAUAAUUAAGAAUUUUUCUCUCAAUGCCUGCCACAAUAUCUUCAUGUGAAAGAAGUUUCAGCAACCUUGAAUUAAUAAAAACUUAAUUAAGAUCUAUAAUGGUUCAGAAGAGAAUAUCAAGCAUGGUCAUACUUUCAAUAGAAACGGAAAUUGCUAAUAAAUAGGAUUAUGACGUUGUUAUUGACAAAUUUGUAACACAAAAGAAAGGGAAAUUCAGUUAUAAAUAAUAAUUAUUUUAAAUCAUUUUUUUUUUUUUUUUACUAUUAUUUUGAAAUACCCAUCUAAUAAUUUGUGAUUAUAAUUUUCAAAUUGAUUUGUUUACUAUAAUAUAAUAAUAUAUUGGUUUUGAUAUCAGAAUUGUUUAAUUUAAGUAGAUAUAAAAGACAAAUAUACAUUUGUAUAAAAACAACGUAUACACACACAUACACUCUGAAGUUUAGAAUAUAUACAUAUUAGAUUAUGUUAAGAACCACCCGAACAAAAAAAGUGGGAGAAAAAUAAUUGAAAAUUAUAUAUUUAUAGCUAAAAAUUGUAUUCCUUGUUUUGCUCGAAACCUAAUUAUGAUGAUCCGAUUUUUCGGACUCAUAUUAAAAACUAUUAAAAACUGGGAGUGUGUCACCCUCCUCCACCCACCACAUUCCCGAUGGCUCCCCCUAGUUAUGUAAGUUAAUAUAAUUAAGGGGGCACAUUACUAGAGCUCUGCCUCAGGAUAAAAAUGGCACGGUAUGGCUGAAAAAAUAUAAUUUAAGCUCUUCUUUCCUGGGACCAAAGAUAUAUUCUACAGUUUUCGUCUUUCAGAUGGAGCAGCUAAUGGACCGCAUGCAGGACGAGAACAUCGGUCUCCGAGUGCGUACGGUUAACAAAUUUAGAGCCAAAGUACCGUCUGUAUUUACCGGUAAUCCCCUGCACACGUUUAUUUAGAGAGGGUAUUCAGUAGAGAUAGGCAGGACCGGCUUGGAAAAUAUCGAGGCCCUGUGCAAUCAUUUUUGCGAGGGCUUUAAAUAAGCUUUUUUUACGUUUUCACCUUCUUAUACCAAUAGUAGGUACAUCUUUACAAUAUAAUUCUAAUUAAUUCAAUGAUUUUAAUUUAUAUUUUCCUAAAUAAUCAUGCGAAAUUACAAUCUAAUUAUGAUUGCUACUAGACGUGGAGCCAUUAAAAGCACAGGGCUUUGUGCAAGUGCUUAGCUUACACCACCUUCAAGCCGGCCUUGGGGGUAGAUAUAGCUGCUCGAAUAUUAAUACUCAAGGCGAACGUGCCGUUUAUAUUUUUAGGUACAGAUUUGAUUAUUUGGAUGAUGAAUAAUUUGGAUGUCGAUGAUCAAGGUAACAUAAUAUAUUAUAUUUCUGUUAGUUCUCUCUAUUAUUCAAAUCAAGGUUGGACUAGGCCACCAGGACAUAUCUCGGUAGGACAUAAUAAAAGACAUUUUGGCAAAUCUGGUAAGAUCAGGCGGGGUAAGUGAAUAAUCGACUACUUUUUUUGUAAUACAACACAAGAUAUGAUUUAGUAGUUGUGAUAAGUUGUCAAAUAGUGUUUACUGAGUUGAUAUAAGCUGUCAGAGGCAACAGUAUAGCAUAGGCCGUAAUAAUGAGUCGUGAAUGAAAAUAUUUUUAAAUAUUGACAAUAGAAAGUGACAAGCUAAAAGCUGAAACGGUUCUGCUGGGUACCUAUGAUAUAAUAAAGUAGUCCAGCCUAGAUUCAAAUGGUUGUAGACGAGUGUCUAAUAAGAUAAAACUAAUGUACUUUGAAUAUUCUAGUCGAAGCCUUGUACCUCGCAAAUCUUUUGUCUUCCCACGGUUAUUUGUUCCCGAUUGACGAUCAUUUUUUAAACGUGAAGAACGAUGGAUCUUAUUAUCGUUUUCAAGUAAGAAAUAUAUCUCUGCUAUAACGAAAAAGGUCGUUUCUUAACUUUUUCAAAUUCUUAACUUAUUUCAAUGGACGAGUAAAAUUGAGAUCGUUUAUUGAUUUUCUUUGUAAUUUGCUUAGGAGGACGCUUUACCCGCAUGUGCUGUCUCACUCUAACUAACGGACUAUAUAACAAAAUCUACCUUACGCAGUCUGUGUAGAAUUCGCUUAAUUUUGGUUUUAGCGUAAAAGUAACUAUUAUAAAAUUAAAAUAGGAAAAUAUUCUGGAAGGCAAGACGAUGUGUUUUUCCUAUUAAUCUAAUUAUUAUUAUGGUUAUCACGUUUAAUACAUCGUUAAAGAAUGAAUUUAAAAAAAAAACGCAUUGUCUUGCUUUCCGAUCAAAAUUAAGAGAGUUCUAUGCAGACUGCGUGAGGUAGAUUUUGCUAUAUCGCCCGUUAGUUGAAGUGAGACAGCACAUGCGGGUAAAGCGUCCUCUUAAGGCGCCCGGUGUCAAUGUUGUUUUGCCCACAAAAAUAUACUCUACGGAAAUACUAAUACUGUUCAGUAGAAUCAGCAAAAUACAAUUUAAAUUUUUUUUUUUUUUAUAUUUAAUAGAGGUAAAUAUUCUUAAGAUUUUAUUGAACUCCGUUUUUCAAUAUUUUAUUUUCAACAAUUAUAAUGAGUCUUUAAAAACAGUUAAUUUUAAUCUUUUUUUUACCAAUUUUUUUUUUCUGUUAUUUGAAAUCGGAAUUAAAAAAUCGAAGUUCAAUGUGGCUUGUAAAAUAUUUUUGUUUAUCAUUAAAAAAAAAUGUUUAAGAAAAUGAGUAAUCAUUAUUCCGUGAAGUCAUUUUCAUCAGUAAAAACGGCAUCACCUAUUCCCUCUAAAUGAGUUUCGAGUAGAUACUAUUACUACUAAUACUAGUUGGAAAAUUAUAUUUUUAAGAUGGUAAUUGAAAUUUUCAAAACAAUUUUAAAAUUUGAAAACUAGCACCCGGACCCUUAAAUAAUGUAGACCGCAAAAAAAAAGUUUCUCUUGGCACAAUGGGAAUAUUUAUGUUAUAAUGAUUGUGAUUUGGUGAAAAUGUCAGGUUAAUUUCACCGAAUACUAGUGGUAUAGUUUUAGAUAUUUUCUGUGUUUGAAAUUGUCAAGUUUUUUAUAAUUAUUUAAUCGUCAUUUAUAUUUGUGAUUAAAUUUCAAAACUUUAUCAAUAGUAUAUAAUUAUAGAAAAGACAAUAAAAUGUUUGAAUUCGUCAUCAUUUUAUUAUUUAUAUACCUAGCGGGUAAUAAUUAUGUGUUACAGACUCCAUAUUAUUGGCCAUCUAACAUAUUUGACCCCGAAAACACUGAUUACGGUAAGAUAAUGUAAAUAUUAGGUUCUUUAUAUUAUUAGAGAUUAGAAUAUUUUAGUUUAUUUAUUUAAAAAUGUUUUUUUAAAUUUUAUUCCAUGUUGGUGAUAACAUAAAUAUUUAACUCAUCUUAAAUUAAAAUGUCAAAUAAUAUAAUACAAUAGGUAUUUACAUUAUUUUUUUUAGCUGUGUAUCUUUGCAAAAGAACAAUGCAAAACAAAAAACGGUUGGAAUUGGCUGAUUAUGAAGCUGAAAACUUGGCAAAACUUCAAAAAGUUUUGUCUCGAAAAUGGGAAUUUGUUUUUUUACAAGCGGAAGCUCAAAGUAAAGUUGACAAAAAACGAGAUCGCAUGGAAAGAAAAGUAUUAGAUAGUCAAGAACGUGCGUUUUGGGAUGUACACAGACCCAUGGUAGUUCCUAAAAUUAUACUUAAAUUGAAACCUACAUGCAUCCUGCAUUAACAAUUUGGAUUUCUUUCACAGCCCGGUACCAUAAUAACAACAGAAAUCGAUUACAGAAAAUUAAAGCGAUACAAAGAUGUAACUACUUUGCCGAAUGGAGACAUUAACAAUUUACUACCUAUUCCCCCUCCAAUUAAAAUAAUUAAUAAACCAACUGUUGAAUCAUUAAAGAAAGACAUUACUGCAAUGCGCCUAAAACUUGAUAGGCGUAACAUUAAGCUUUCAAAAAUUGCAGACACGUUAGUGUUAAUUUAUUUCAUAAAACAAUAAAUGUAUUUUAAAGUUUGUUAUUUAUCAUCAGUUUUAAUUUUCCAAUAGAUAUAUAACUUAUUUCGAACAGUAUGCAGAAUAUGAUCCUUUUUUUACGCCUCCAGAAAUUAGCAACCCUUGGUUAUUAGAUAAUAUAGAAGUAUGGGAUUGUGAAAAACACUCGUGCGUAACAUUUAUUAAGUUUAGUAUUUAUAUAAGAAACAUUUUUAAUUCAAAAAAUAGUUCUAUGUUUUGCUACAGGAAAGAAGUUACCGUACGUAGAAUAAAACGAUGGGCGUUUAGUUUAAAAGAACUUCUAGCUGAUCCUGCGGGGAAGGAACAUUUCACGAAAUUUCUUGAAAAAGAAUUUAGCUGUGAAAAUUUAAAGUGAGAAUACAUUUAUAAUAUGUAUAUAAAAUAUUAUCUAAAUAAUUUUUAGUAAACAAAAUUAUUUAACAAAUUAUAUUUUUAAAAAUUUGAAAUAAUUCUGGAAUUUGUUUUGUUGUUUAAAAAUGAUUUACAAUAUGUAAAAUAGUAUAUAUAAAUAUAUACAUUUUUCUAAAAGAUUUUGGGAGGCAGUACAAAAUCUCAAAAAAUUACCACAAAGAGAAGUUCCAGAAGCAGCCCAAGAAAUUUGGACUGAGUAUUUAAGUGGUGAUUCAUUAAACAUUGAUUCUCAGUCAAGGGAAUUAAGCAGAAAGAACAUGUCUGCUCCUGAUAGAUGGGCAUUUGAUAUUGCUGCCGUAUGUAAUCGCACAUUUUCAUUAUGUAAGAUUAAGAAUGGUGUUCAAGAUAUGAUUAACAGAAAAUAAUUAACCCAAACAUUAGUUAGAAACUAGUUAGCAUAGAAUAUUAAAAUGCUAUAUUAUGCUUAUGUUAAAUUUUAUUAAUCAGGUUCAUGUUUACCAUUUAAUGAAGAGUGAUAGCUAUCAAAGGUAUAUAAGAUCAGAAAUGUAUAAAGAAUAUUUAAAUACGUCAAAGAAAAAGGUAACAAUAUUGAAUUUUCUUUUUGUUUCUUUUUCCUUUUAUAACCUUAAAAAUAUUAUUUUUUUGUUUUUUAUUCACUUUUAUUUUAGACUUCAAUGAAAGGCAUUAGGUCUAUUGUAUCAUUUUCGGGAAAACGAGAUAUUUGCCCAUCGUGA